AUGGUGAUCCCCAACAACACCGAGCGAGAAAACCAAAUAACUCAAACAGAAGCCGACUACGACCGAAAAACCGAACUAAAAGCCUUUGACGACACGAAAACCGGCGUCAAAGGCCUUGUGGACUCGGGCAUCACUCAUGUCCCACGUAUUUUCAUUCAUCCACCACAAAAUUUACGACAUAGCGCCACAAUUAGUGACUCGCGUUUGAUCGUCCCUAUAAUCGACCUCGCUAAUGUUGAAAAAGGCCCGGUCGAGCGUAGGAACACCCUCGACCGGAUCAUGAAUGCAUGUCGAGAUUGGGGGUUUUUCCGAGUGGUGAAUCACGGUAUACGUGCAAGUAUCUUGGAGGAGAUGUUGAGUGCGGUACGUAGGUUUCACGAGCAAGAUAACGAGAUAAAGAGGCAGUAUUACACGCGGGAUUUCGAGAAGAAGAUGAUUUACAAUAGCAACUUUGAUUUGUAUAGUUCCCCCGCAGCUAACUGGAGGGACUCCUUUAAUUGCAUUAUGGCUCCUAAUCCACCAGAUCCACACGAACUCCCUUCUGCUUGCAGGGAUAUUUUGAUGGAAUAUGCAACGCAUGUAAUGGAGCUGGGGAAAUCUCUGUUCAAGUUACUGUCUGAGGCACUUGAACUAAAUCCGGACCACCUCGUGGACAUGGAUUGCGCUCAAACACUUGCGCUUUUUGGACAUUAUUACCCUUCAUGCCCGGAGCCUGAAUUAACGAUAGGCACGACCAAACACUCGGACUACAGCUUCUUAACAAUUCUUUUGCAGGACAACUUGGGAGGGCUUCAGGUGCUGCAUAAGGAUCAGUGGGUGGAUGUUCCACCAUCUCCAGGGGCUCUUGUAGUCAACAUUGGAGAUCUUUUGCAGCUUAUAUCCAAUGACAAACUGAAAAGCGUGGAGCACCAGGUGUUAGCUAGCCGUUUGGGUCCAAGAAUAUCGGUGGCUGCAUUCUUUGGCAGAGAUACUUGUGAUAUGAACUCUCGAGUCUAUGGUCCGAUUGAAGAGCUUUUAUCCGAAGACAAUCCUCCAAAGUACCGAGCGAUCAAGAUCAGGGAGUACACUAAUUAUGUUCGCAGCAGAGGAUUGGAUGGAACUUCUGCUUUGCAGAAUUUUAAGCUUUAG